AUGUCCAGUCCCGCCACGUCCACCCCGAGCCGCAGCUCGACCCCGUCUCUGCUCUCGGACCCUGCGAGGACGCAUCUUUCGGUUCCAGGCCAGCACCACCCCUCCGGCAGUGAACAGUCCUUGAAUCGAAUCAAGAACGUACCCGGAUACACAACUCCCGUCUUCAAGGGGAAGGAGGAGCAGCGGGCGAAGGUUCAGGCCAAUGUUGCUGCAAAGGGCUUCAUCCCUCGCGAGCUCGUGCCGAACGAGGUGAACUGGUUCUACAGCCACCUCGGCAUCGACGACACUUAUUUCCAGGCCGAGUCUAUCGACGUCAUCUCCGACCACAUUAUCGCACUCUUCGGCGCCAAGGUCCUCGCAUACACUAAACAUGAUCCUACUACACUCGCAAUUGAUCUAGAAAAGGUCGACGAGAACGGUGCGACGUUCAUCCACACGAGUUCUCCCGGGAAGACAGCGACGGAAGGGCCUGGUGCGACGUGUGAGAGUCGAAUCGACGAGUUGUUCCUCGACAAGAGCACGCAGGACAAUGCUUUCCGCCUGGAGACAUAUCGCUCGCAGGGCUCAAUUUCGGCCACAGCGUCGCAGCAGCUGCGGUGCUACUUUGUGACAAAGUGCAAUUUCCCGCUGGCUUCUGCAAGCAGUGACGGCAAGACCGAUAUUCGCACCGUGUCGGAUCCGGUAUUUUUGGAGAAAGCGAGCGAGAAUACACUGGAGAUCUACCAGCGUGUCAUGUGGAAUGUUGAGUCCCGGUAUGGGCCCGUCAUCGAGGUCUUCGAGGUCGAGGGAAGCCGCGAGCGCCGGCUCGUCAUCGGGUACAAGAUGGGCGGAACGAGCAAAUUUUUCAGCGCCCUCUCCAACUUGUACCACUUCUAUUCGCUUUACUCUGCCCGUAAAUAUGUCGAACAAUUCUCGAACGGGAUUACGAUCAUCUCGCUGUACCUCAACCCUCUUCCCAGCUCAAACGCGCCCCCAAUCGAGCACUCUAUCUUCCAAGUCAUGAGAGAGGCGUCAUUGCUGUACUGUCUACCUGACAACCCCUUCUUCUAUCCGGGAGCAGAUCCCAGCCGUGGCCAUGCGGUGCAGGAAGCUACUUAUGCGUACUGUGGUUGGGUGUUCGCUCAGCACUUUUGCAACCGGCUUGGGCCAGCAUAUCUUCAGCUUCGCAACAUCUUGGACGAGUCGAACCCGUCACACGCGGAGGUGCUGAACGAUAUCAAGAUGCGUUUCCGAGAGGAAACGUUCACCCGAGAAAGCAUUGCAGAAGUGAUUCAUAGACAUGGCGAUUUGAUUAAUAUGUUGUAUGUCAAUUUUGCCAUGGUCCACUACCCACCAUCGGAUCAAGCAUCAAACUUGAUGCCUACGCUCUCGUACCAGCGUUUACAGACCCACCUGCCGCUGUCCGAUCAGGAGCUGUAUGACAAGAUCAGGAAAGCUGUACACAACAAGCACGAACUCCAGGUACUGGAGAGUCUCCUUAUCUUCAACAAACAUGUCCUCAAGACAAACUUCUAUCAGCCGACGAAGGUUGCACUCUCUUUCCGCCUUGCGCCAGACUUCUUGCCUGAGGUAGAGUAUCCAAAGAAGCCAUUUGGGAUGUUCUUCGUGAUCGGUGGUGAAUUCCGUGGCUUCCACAUACGAUUCAGGGACGUUGCUCGCGGAGGGAUCCGGAUUGUCAUGUCUAGGAACAGGGAGACAUAUUCUAUCAACCAACGGAUGCUAUUUGACGAGAAUUACGGUCUCGCUUCGACGCAGUCGCUCAAGAAUAAGGAUAUUCCUGAGGGCGGUGCUAAGGGAACCAUCCUGCCAUCUUUGGGAUCGAGCCCCCGACUUUGUUUUGAGAAGUAUGUCGACGCCGUCAUUGAUUUGCUGAUUCCCGGACGAAGCCCUGGCAUCAAGGAGCAGCUUGUUGAUCUCUACGGUAAAGCAGAAAUUUUAUUCUUUGGACCAGAUGAGGGCACUGCCGACAUGAUGGACUGGGCAGCCUUGCAUGCGCGCGAGAGAGGCGCCGAGACUUGGUGGAAGUCGUUCACAACCGGGAAGAGCGCCGAGACUCUUGGUGGCAUUCCGCACGACGUGUUCGGAAUGACGUCGCUAUCAAUCCGCCAGUAUGUGCUCGGGCUCUAUAAACAGCUUGGCCUCCGGGAGAAAGACAUCACUAAAGUUCAGACUGGCGGACCCGAUGGUGAUCUUGGCUCAAACGAAAUUCUUCUGAGCUCGGACAAGACGGUUGCAGUGAUAGAUGGUAGCGGCGUGCUCGCCGAUCCUGCGGGAAUCAACCGUCAUGAGUUGGUCCGACUGGCGAAGCUGCGCGCUACGGUGUCACAUUUCGAUCGUACUAAGUUGAGCAAGGACGGUUAUCUGGUUCUUGUCGAAGAGCAAGAUGUCAAACUUCCAUCGGGAGAACUCGUGAUCGACGGAACAGAUUUCCGAAACAGCGCGCAUUUGCGCUUCAAGGCCGACCUUUUCGUGCCGUGUGGUGGCCGCCCAGAAGCUGUCAACAUUUCCAACGUCGCUGCGCUCGUCGACUCAGAAGGCAAGCCCAAUUUCAAGUACAUCGUUGAAGGGGCAAAUCUAUUCCUCACUCAACAAGCACGUAUCUACCUCGAGAAGCGCAAGGCUGUGCUGUUCAAGGAUUCCAGUACUAACAAAGGUGGUGUGACGAGCUCAUCCCUAGAAGUUCUUGCUGGUCUGGCGCUGUCCACGGAAGAAUAUGUCGACUUGAUGAUCUUCAAGGACGGCAAGCCAUCGACCUUCUACCAGAGCUAUGUGAAGGAUAUCCAAGAUAAGAUCAGCGGGAAUGCUGCAGCAGAGUUCCACUGCAUCUGGCGCGAGCAUACACGCGCGCAGGGAUCCAAGCCGCGCACCAUCAUCUCAGACGAGCUCUCGAGUACGCUCAACAACCUGCAGGCCGAGCUGGAGAGCUCGGACUUGUAUGACGAUCUGGCGAUGAGGAAGAACGUCAUCGCUAGAGCGGUACCAAAGACGCUUGUUGAGCAGGUCGGGUUGGAUACCUUGCUCACGCGACUACCAGAGCCGUAUCAGCGAGCGCUGUUCUCGAGCUGGGUGGCGGCGCACUUUAUCUACAAGUACGGCGUCAACGGCUCUUCGGUAGACUUCUUCCACUUUGUUCGGGAUUUAGCUGUAUAG